CCCCAAAACCAAAAUCAACUUCACUUCUCUCUUCAAUCUUUCUCGUACUUUUUCAAUCAUAAUGUCACUUGAGAAAAUGGUUUCAAAAAUGUUUUCUGAUCUCAACAUGCCUUCUGCAAAAACACUUGUGUCCACUGCAGCUUCUGCUGCUGCUUCUGCCAUGGUGGUCCGAUCAAUAGCCCGAGACCUCUUACCUUACGAGCUUCAACAAUAUUUCUUCUCGAGUUUUCUAAACAUUUUCAAAACGUUUCCGUCUGAGAUAGUCUUGAUCGUCGAAGAAUUCGAUGGUCUUGUAGGCAAUCAAAUCUACAAGGCUGCUGAAAUCUAUUUAGGCACAAAAAUCUCACCCUCUACCCUGACUUUCAAAGUGAGUAUGCCCGAGAAGGAGACGAAGAUAAAGACUUCCAUAACGAGCAAUCAAGAAAUCAUCGACAAUUUCAAUGGUGUUCGAUUCAAAUGGAGGCAAAUCACAAGACAGCUUGAAUCUAAACGUGUCGUUUACAACGGCCAAUCUUCGUCAACGCAGACAGAAAUUCGAUACUUCACGCUUUGUUUUCACAAGAAACACAAAGCGAUGGUGUUUGAUUCUUAUUUUCCUUUCGUUAUAAAGGAGUCUAAGAAUUUUAAGGACGAGAAAAAAACCCUCAAGAUUCACACAGUGAAUUCUGAUCAAAUGCGUAGAUAUUCAGGAGAUUGGUCAUGGAAUUCCGUAACUCUUGAUCAUCCAGCGAAUUUCGAUACAUUGGCAAUGGAUACAGAGAUGAAGAGAAUGGUCAUGGACGAUCUUGAACGAUUUGUGAGAAGAAAGGAGUUCUAUAGGAAAGUAGGAAAGGCUUGGAAACGAGGGUACUUGUUGUAUGGUCCUCCAGGGACAGGAAAAUCGAGCUUGAUCGCAGCGAUUGCAAAUUAUCUAAACUUUGAUAUAUAUGAUUUGGAGUUGACUGAUAUUCAUGCUAAUUCAGAGCUGAGGAAACUGUUGAUUGGCACUGCAAACAAGUCCAUUCUGGUAGUUGAGGAUAUUGAUUGUAGUCUUGAGCUUGAUGAUCGAAAAGCCGAAGAACGAGCAUUGAAGGUCCUUCGAUCAAGUAAAGCGAGCCAAGCUCAGACUGUCAAUAUUAUUCACCAAAAUAAACCGAACCAAGUGACACUGUCAGGGCUGCUUAAUUUCAUUGAUGGACUCUGGUCAAGCUGUGGCGACGAACGGAUUAUCAUUUUCACAACCAAUCAUAAAGAUCGAAUUGACCCAGCUUUGCUCCGCCCGGGCCGAAUGGAUGUGCACAUCCACAUGUCUUAUUGCACUCCUUGUGCCUUCAAGACUCUGUCAGAGAACUAUCUUGGAAUUUCAGACCACCCUCUCUUUGUUGAAGUUAAUGGUAUGUUGGAGAAGACAAAGGUGACCCCUGCAGAAGUUGGUGAGCAAUUGCUGAGAAAUGAGGAGCCUGAGGCUGCACUACAGGGCCUGAUUGAGUUCCUCCAUAAGAAGAAGAGAGAGAAUGAUGAAAUGGAAGCUAGAAAACUAAAAGAAGAGAAAGAUGAAGAAGAACUUGGGACACAGGAAUUAGUGGGGCAAACUUCCACAACACGUGAUUUGUCGUUUCGACUUAAUCAUUAAUCCUAAUUUGUUAACUUAAUUCACUGUUAGAUUGGCGGAGCGUUUGAAUAUAUUGAACCGAAUCUACUAUUGAUCUUAUGAUAAUAAUCAUAUUUUCUUAACAAAUUAGAUCAAGUGAUUAGAUCAAAAUACUAUUAUGUGUUCAACAAUGGUGCAAUAAAAAGAUCAUAUUUGUGAGAGGUCGGG